AUGGUGAUCCUCCGCGAUGCACCGUUUGCAGUUCGAUAUAUUCGAGUCUUCUCGGCGAUUGCUCUGCUAUUAUCGGUAGCAAGCACUGUGCUGCUGUCUAUGAUAGCAGUAUAUGCAUGGCUGGGUAGUUCUCAACUACGGAUACCAUUUGUGAUCGCAGGGGUUUUCAAUAUCAUAUCGACGACAUUGAUAUUAGUUUUCUCGUUAUGGCAGUUCUCGGUAUUAGUGACGGUGUUAUCAGGAGGGUUUCCAUGCUUUGUUAUUGCGGUGGCCACUGGAGGUCUAUGGAGUGUUAGCGUUCUACAGUUUAAGUGGCUACCGGACACGGUCGUGGUUCGAGAUACUAGAUGGAUUUUAACGGCAGCAAUUGCAGUCUGGGUUCUGAAACUGGCGCUGGAGGUUAUCUUUUGGACGCUGUUAAUUGCUUUGCGGUACCGACGUUCUACGCUGCAGAAAGAGGAUGAUAUCUUGGACAGGCAUAUCGAUAACCUUGAGAUAAUGGAGACAAAUGACGACCGUCCAGCAUCCUCGCGCUCGAUAACAAAGCCUGGGGAACCCCGAGUACCUCGACAAACGGUCCUCAUAGCUCAUGCACAGAAGAAUUGGUCAAGGCCAUUCACUAGGUCUGCAAGGAUAUCCACAUUCUCUCGAAAUAGUCCGAUCCCCCCAGAACGGCCUCCUCGCUCACCUCCCCGUUCAUAUCCACACAACUUGGAACCAUCUCCAUUCGCACACUCCUCGACAAGUCUCCCAGGAAAUACUUCUCCGUUCCUUAACCUCAUCAACCGACCGAAGUCGAGGGCACCGGCAUCUCCAGCACCGAUAGCUUCCCCACUCUCAAUCGCAGAACGGGAAGCUUCGAAAAUGGCAGGUUUUGACGAGUGGGAUACUUCUGAACUUCCAAUGCAAGAUAGGAUAGCAUACUCCAUCGCGGCAGCAGAGGCAACAAGCCCGGAUCCAGGUGCACCGCCCCAUGCGCGUGGCUCUCCAACUGGGAUUACGACCCGUAGUCAUAGAAGCUCUUCUAUGCCUACACCACCUCGUACGCCUCCCCAACCACGUCCUCGAACAAACAGCAUGGGAAGCAACAGCGGCGCUCCAGGAACAGCCCAGCGCCAAAGUCAGACUAUCCUUGCACCAACCCCAACAUUAGCGCCUCUUACUUCGACCCCGACAGUUAGUCUGAGACCGUUCCCGAUCUCGAUACCGUCCCAAAUCAAGGGUAUGGGCAUCAAUAUUCCUCUCUGUGACUCUCCAGACCGCGAACACCAUAGCGUCCGCCUAGCCGCUAGUCCGUUACAGAAAGCACACUCCCUCCGCGAAGUCGAAUCCCAUAACCGCGACAACAGCUCAAGCACCCACAGCUCCAGUAGCGAUUCUCGUAAAAGCAGCAUGGAUAACAACCCUCCCAGCGAGGAAUCUGAGGAAAGAACAACAGCUUGGCAGGCACGCUGGGCAGCAACACUGGAACGCAAAGUUACACCUCCGAUGCCUGGGUUCGAGAUUAGCCCCGUUGAAAGCAUGAGACGGAUGCGCGUAGAACGGGAGACGCAAAGGAGUAGGCAACAGCAGCACGCCCAGACUACAAACCGUACUCAGCCAGCUCCGAACUCCAAUUUACUGGGCGCUACAAGUUGGAUCGCAGAAGCAAGUAGCACCAAUAGCAGCGAAGCUGGUACGGAAUCUGGGAUGCGUUCGCGGAAGUCAUAUGUGGCACCGACGACUCCUAAUACUGGGGAGUUCCCGAGGAAUGUUAUCGCCGAGAUGAUUGAUGAGAUUCAGGACGGGUUAAUUAAUAGGCGGUCAUGA